AUGAACGAGGUCCGGUCUGCCGACCGCGCAGCCUUCUUGCAAACAAAGCGGGAAGAAUGCAGUGCAAUUGUAGCUUCGCGGAAGCGCAAGCUUCGCGAGUUGUUCGUUGUCGCGACCGAGCAGGAUGGAUUUCCUAAUCGCCGACCCAGCCCAGCGACCAACGCGUCCUCAGGCGCGCCGGCCGACCAGUUCCUCCUCAACCACGACAUAAUCCGGGGCAACAAAUUCAACGACCAGACGAUACCCAACAAUUUUAACCUGAAUUCAGACCAGCUACAACGAUUCUUGAAGCUUUCUUCCUCCUUGACAUCUCACUCUGCCAGCCCUUCGAAGGCUACAGCCAUACCUGCAACUACUUCCGUCGCAACUCCGAACCGAAACCCGAAGACUACGUUGCCCUCUGUUGGCAGUCCACGAGCCAUUGAUCCCUCUACCAAAAACGUUGCACCCUCUCCAGUGGCACAGGCCUCGGCCACCGAAGUCGAGAAGGAGUCUAACCAGCCGCAAUCAUGCAAAGAGCCCAAUGCUACGAGAGAUGCAACCUCGACGCCCACAUCCGCCUCGGCGAUUACAACGGCUAGCUCUGGCAAGCCGUCCAGUAAUGCUGCUACUGUCGACCAUUCAUCGCUAAGGCCAAGUUCUGGAGGACCCGCGGAGGAUCGUUCAGUGCAGACGGCUACAGACCUGCCAAAAGUGCAGGUGUCGAAGUCUGAGUCUCAACCCGAAACUGUGGCUCAAGCCGACACGCCGAAAAUCGGGGCGCCUCUCAAUAGGAUGCCCGAUACAGAUGCUGGAGAUGUGGAAAUGCCUGACGCGGGGCAGGGAGAAUUGGUGCAUCGUCGGGCAGAUCUUUGUGUUCGCCCCCCACAGGCAGAUGUCUCUCGCUUCCCGGAAGCACUUUCGUCCCCUGGUAGCACCACUCAGACUGCUGCAACCCCUGUGCCCCACGAUGCAUCUACGGAUACGAGCCCAGAGCAUGAGGGCGUGCAGUACACCGAAAACGAGACAGAGAAGCAGGAACCACAACAAGUUCCGCAACCUGCCUCCGAUAGGAAAGACGGCAGCGAUGGGUUGCCGAUAGGCGCAGCGUCGCCGAAAGCAUCGGCGCGCUCUGAAAGCCCAAGUGCUGGGGCGGACGCUCUGUCUACGGUGCAUGGUGUGGAGGCACAAUUGCUGCAGGAGUCCGCAGCCGCAGCCGAAUCGGCUUCAGGUCGUGCCUCUCAAACAAAACCACAAGUUCUUUCAAAAGACCCUGUGUCCGAUGACAAGUCGCGGUCUCCAGCCAAUUCAACUUCAAGCUCAGCAGAUGCAUCGUUGCCGCAGAAACAGCUGCAUUCCUUGUCCGAGAUAUCUGCAACUCCUUCCAAAACUCAAAAAAUCGCGGAUAUAUCUACCGAUGGGCAGGGCCCUGGUCCAGCCCCAGCUCCGUCUGCGGCUGUUCCUCCCCAGCAGGAAACCAAGCAGCAGCCAACUGAACAGCAACCAAUGGGAACCAGCAUCCCAGGUGCUGCGGCUCUGCGUAGUCAGGAGUCCUCUGGGUCGCCCCUGGAAAAAAGCAUGGCGGAGCCUGCGAGGCCUGAUACAGCCCAGCCGGAUAGCGUUGAUAUUCUCAUUUCUGAUCCUAACGCUGAUGCGCAAGGGGUUCAGCCAGAGAAUCUGGUCGUCCACAGUGCACUUCAGUCCCAGAACCUCCCCGAGAAGCCAACCAAGCCCAGGAUCCCAGUUGCUAUAUUUGGAGAGAAGAAGUCAAAAUUCCCAACAGUACGGCGACCGCUGAAAGAGGGCGAAGAGAACAAAUCCAGCGACAUAUUCACCGAGGAUUACUUUACAACCUUAUUUGUCCAGGGGUUCACUCAAAAUGCCAAGUGGAUGAAACCUAUUGACAGUCUGCUCAAUUCUGCACACAAGACGCUCUCGACAUCUGAUGCUCAUUUGUCUAUAAUGGAGCAGCAGGCGUGCCGGGUGCUGCGACGGGUGUAUCAUUUGCAACAGCAGGAUAAGUGGUCUUUGAGGCAGCCUAGGAGGUAUCCAGAACCCCGGAGGCCUGUAUCGCAUUGGGAUCAAGUAUUGGAGGAAAUGAAAUGGAUGCGGACAGACUUCAGACAAGAAAGGAAGUGGAAGAGGUCAGCAGCUCGCGUUCUCGCUUUUGCAUGCGCAGAUUGGGUCGCCGCGGACGAUGUCAAGAGGAAACUGAUGCAGGUACCGGCUAUCAUCCCCAAGGCUGCGGUAAUUCGGCCAGUUCCCAGCGAUGAUACGGGGCAAACGGAAGACAUGGACAUGCCGGACCAGCAAGAAGAUGAGGGCUCAGCUACGAAACAGAAUACUGCCUCCGGUGUGGAUACGGACAUGCUCAAUGAGCAUUCGGACGAGACUGGCAAUGUCAAAAUACCUGCAAUGGACGACGACGAUCAGAUUCCGGCCACACAUGUUGUUCCAGCUGAGAUAUUUGCCUUGCCUGAUACCUCGCUCACUUUCAGCUUUAGCAACUCUUCGGCAUUUACCAAACUCCUUGACGAACUUCCAAUGUACGGAGGCCCGCUCCAGAUACCCGACAAUGCCGACCUCUUAAAAUCGGAUCAGGAUCCGGAUGCACAUUGGAAGCUUGCGGCCGUACCCUUGACCAAAUACGUCGAGAGGCCAAUGGUUCCCGUGCUCAAAGGACCUCCGACGAGGCGUAGUCGGUACCAGUUUGCAGAGGAGAGCGACAGUGAUGCCGAAGACGAGUACAACAUCGUAUAUCGGAAUAAUCGCGACGACACUGCCGAAGCUCUCAAUGGUCAGGCAUUAGAGCGAGAGCUCAAGGAUGUCGCGCUGUUUGACCCUGAGAUGCAGGGUCUAAGGGAUAGGCUGCAUGCGGGCCAUCAGUUCCGUCCGCCUACAGAGCACCCUAUGCCCCUGCAAUCUUUCUACGAGUCGCGCACCGCAUCACAAUGGACAUAUGCAGAGGAUGAUCAGCUCAAGAGGUUAGUACGGGAGUACUCCUACAAUUGGUCACUUAUAUCCAGCAGGAUGGCGAUGCCAUCCCUGUUCUCGUCUGGAGCGGAACGAAGGACGCCGUGGGAAUGCUUCGAACGCUGGGUACAUCUGGAAGGCCUACCGAAUGAUAUGGCCAAGACACAGUAUUUCAAGACGUACCAGUACCGGAUCGAUCAGGCACAGGCUGUCAUUGCGGCCAAGAACCAGAUUGCACAGGCUCAAGCCGGGCCAGGGGCUGUGACUCCCGUGCCACGCAAGCGCCUGACGACAACCAUUAGGGUGGAGAGGAGGCGAGCGCAGAAACACCUGACUUUGCUGGAUGCUAUGCGGAAGUUAGCCAAGAAACGCGAAGCCACGGCGCAUAAGACGGCUUCAGUGCAGGCAAUGCGCAAACAAAACGAGUCUCAACAACAGCAGCAGCAGCAAAACUCGCAAGCACAACAGCCGCGUGGGCCAAACAAGACUCCUCGAGAUUACAGCUUGAUGCGAUACGAAAGAGACCAGCAGAUCAAUGAACGCAUGGCUCAGUUUGCGCAGAAGCAGCAACAGGAAGCGCAACGAAAGCAUCAGGCUGCACUCGCAGCAAGGUCUCAGGCCGCCGCCACAGGCAAUCCACAGGCUGCAGCUGCUGCCGCGGCGGCUGCCGCGGUUGCUGCCGCAGCUUCAGCCUCCACAGGCAGCGUGGGCGCUACCGGCAUCGGAAGUGCCGGCGGUAUUACGCCGACAGGUGGUGCACUGCCUCCUCAGAUGGCUGCUCACAUGGCACAGCAACUUGCAGCAGCACAGGCCGCGGGCGCCGGGGCAAACCCGAUGGCCGGGGCAAUUCGUGCUCCCCACACUGGAAACAUGGCAAACCAGCUCGGCAUACCCGGCCAUGCACGUGCUAGGAUCGCGAUGCAGGCCCCGCAAAAUCCAAUGGCAGGACUCCAGCAAGCGGCUGGGAAUCUUGUUCCUCCGAUGCAAAUGAACGGCAUGGCCCAGCUGCCAUUGCAGGCACAGCAGCAUAGAAUGGGCAUGGCGUCGUCGAGCCCAACUGAGAUGAAUAUGCUCAUGCAGGCCCAGAGAAUACAAAAUCAACAGAGGUCUGUUCAGAUGCAGCAACAGCAGCAACAUCACCAGCACCAUCAACACCCUCCUCAGCAGGCGGCCCAGUCACAGUCGCCUCAGCAACACCAACCGCAGCAGCAGCACCAGCAGCAGCAGCAGCAGCAACAACAACAACCACAACAGCAACAACCACCACAACAACAACGUCACCUCCAACACCCGCAACAGCAACCUCAGCAACACCAUCAACAGCAACCAAACAUGGUGCAUCAGCCGCAGCAGCAGCAAUUCCAGUCGCAGCAGCACCAACAACAACAACCACAGCAACCACAGCAACAGCAGCAACAGCAGCUACAGAGCACUCAGCAGCUCCAAAACCAAGCGGGGAUGCAGAAUUCGCCGUCAGGCAUGCGCACCACCCUUAAUGGAGUUCACAAUGCCAAUCAACAAAACUAUCUUGCUAAUGGGCAAGCUGCGUUGGCAUUCAGCCCGCAAAACGGAGGCGCCAUGAGCCCGCCCCUAAACCAGCAGGCUGCAAACUCUCCCCGAGGCCACGGCAUACCGCAACAGCAGGCAUCUUCGGCUGCACUAGCUCACGUGGAGGCACAAAUCCGCGCACAAGCGCCACAGAUGCCACCAGACCAGGUGCGGAAGUUGGCGGCGGUCACUUUGGAAAAACGUUUGGUACAGCAGAGGAACAACGCGAUGAGCGCGGCUGCCGGCUCAUCUCCGAAGCCCGGUAUGGUGGGAGCUGGGGCCGGCGGCACACCGCAUCAGUAUGCGCAGCUCUUGUUGGCGCAGCAACACCAGGCUGCACAGGCCGCCCAGGCACAGGCUGCCGCUGCCGCAGCGCAGGCGCAAGCCCAGGCCCAGGCCCAGGCCCAGCGGGCAGGUAGUCAGAAUGGCACGGUGCAGAACGGGCAAAGUGGUCAAAUUCAGAGUCAAAAUUCAGGUCAGAGUCACAGCAAGGCUCAGGGUCACGGCCAGACUCAGGGUCAGGUACAAGGUCAGGUAAAGGCUCAGCCUCAGCCUCAGGCCCAGUCUCAGGCUCAGGCUCAGGCUCAGGCUCAGGCUCAGGCUCAGGCUCAGGCUCAGGCUCAGGCUCAGGCUCAGGCUCAGGCUCAGGCUCAGGCGCAAGCGCAGGCUCCAAAACACAGCCAGGGUCAAGCUCAAUCUCAAGCUCAUACUCAAGCUCAAGCUCAAAACCAAGGCCAACCUCAAGCCCAAGGUCAAGCCCAAGGCCAGGUUCAGGCCCACGCCCCGGCUCACGCGCAGCCCCAGGGCCAGAACAAGCAGGCCCCAACUCCGAAGCCAACCCCAACCCCAACCACCAUUCCGGCCCCUGCCACAGCCGCGGCCACGACCACGAUCACCACCACGACUGCGGCCAUGGCUGUGGCGACGCCAACGCCAGCGCCGACGCCGACGGCCCAAAGCCAGUCUCAAAUGAAUGCGCCUCAGCAUCAGCGACAGGUCAGCAGUGGAAGUGCACAGGCUGCUAGCAGCUGA